UGUCGUUUCCGUCCCGUCGGAGUCGUUGUCAGCCAUAGCGGCUCCACCAGUUCGCCGGUUCCUGUGGGUCGAGUCCGUGGAUACGCUGCUGGUGCCGCGUCGAGCCGAGCCGAGCCGUCGUAGCAGAGCUGUCUGCCCCGCUCGCGCGACAAUCGAAUACGAGGCACACGAAGAUCCCCUGGCGUCCACAAUUCAGACCGUCAACAACUGACUCGACAUACUCUGUGCUCCCAUAUUUUCCACAACGUCCACAACGCAUCUCUUCUCGUCGACCAAGCGUGCGCGCAAACUAAAAUGUACAACGGAUACUCGCAAAUUCACAGCAAUUACAGAUCCAGGGGAAAUCGAGAUCAUGGCAAUCGCAAUGGAGGGGUUGGCGGAACUUAUUGGAACAGUCAGCAACAGAGUCAGAAGGAGUAUGGCACAAAGAAGCAGAAUCACAAGAAGACUCCGGGCGAUUUACUGAAGAAGCCUAAUUGGGACCUGUCGAGUAUGCCCAAGAUAGAAAAGAUCUUGUAUAUUCCCCACCCCAACAUCACGAAGAGAACGCAAGACGAGAUCAUCAAGUAUCAUGCGAGCAAAGAGAUCACUGUCAAAGGCAACAACACGCCUUUUCCCAUCCAAGCCUUCGAGGAGAGCAACUUUCCGGAAUACGUGAUGAACGUGAUCAGGCAGCAGGGUUUCGCCGAACCGACUGCAAUUCAAGCUCAGGGUUGGCCGAUCGCACUUAGCGGACGAGAUUUGGUCGGAAUCGCCCAAACCGGUUCCGGGAAAACUUUAGCAUAUAUGCUCCCGGCGACGGUGCACAUCAAUCAUCAGCCUCGCCUCAGCCGUGGCGACGGACCAAUCGUUCUAAUUCUCGCUCCCACGCGCGAAUUGGCUCAGCAGAUCCAAACGGUCGCGCGUGAUUUCGGCUCGUCCUCGUGCAUCCGCAACACCUGCAUCUUCGGCGGCUCGCCGAAGGGGCCGCAGGCGCGCGAUCUCGAGCGCGGGGUGGAAAUCUGCAUCGCGACCCCCGGCAGACUGAUCGAUUUCCUCGAGAAGGGCACCACGAAUAUGCGCAGGUGCACAUAUCUGGUCUUGGACGAGGCCGAUCGAAUGCUGGACAUGGGUUUCGAGCCGCAGAUACGUAAGAUCAUCGAGCAGAUUCGGCCUGAUCGGCAGGUGCUCAUGUGGUCCGCCACCUGGCCCAAAGAGGUGCAGGCCCUCGCCGAGGACUUUCUCAACGAUUACAUCCAGAUCAACAUCGGGUCCCUAAAUCUGGCGGCCAACCACAACAUUCGGCAGAUCAUCGAGAUCUGCCAGGAGCACGAGAAGGAGAUGAAGCUGUCGCAAUUGUUGCGCGAGAUUGGCACCGAACGCGGCAGCAAGAUGAUCAUUUUCGUGGAGACGAAGAAGAAGGUGGACGACAUCACGAAGGCAAUCAAACGCGAGGGCUGGUCGGCGAUCUCGAUCCACGGCGACAAAUCUCAGCCAGAGCGCGAUUACGUACUAUCGGAAUUUCGGAAUGGGAAGACGAUGAUCUUGGUCGCGACGGAUGUGGCGGCGCGCGGCUUGGACGUUGAGGACGUAAAGUACGUCAUCAACUUCGAUUAUCCCAACAGCUCCGAGGACUACAUCCACAGGAUCGGCAGAACCGGUCGUUGCCAGAGUGCGGGCACUGCCUACGCUUACUUCACGCCGAAUAACGCGAGACAGGCGAAGGAGCUGAUCGCAGUGCUGGAGGAGGCCGGUCAAGCUAUAAAUCCACAAUUGGCGGACAUGGCGAAUUCCGUCAGGAAUCAAUACGGCAAGGGACGGCAACGGUGGAGUCACGUACGCGGCAAUAAGGAUAACAUUUCCCACGGGAGUCCCAGAAGCAACAUCAGCCCGACGAUAAACAACUGGCAGCACAUGCUGCAGACGAACCAGCAGCACGGGCAUCACAGUCAAAUGAUUCAGGAUAAAACUGUGCCACGUCAUCAGCGUAACAACGGCUAUCAGACCAAUCGGCAGAACAACUACCAACCGCAGCAUUCCUAUCAGCAGCAACACCAGCAACGACAAUCCCUUACUGGCUACCAGAACCACACCAACUACCAGACGGCUAACAAUACAUGUCAACCACCGCAUCAACCCGCUCAUCAGGCCACCAGCGCGCCCAGGUACCAAAGCAGGCCUGGAUACCAGGGUAAUCGUUUCCAGAAUCGUCAGAACGGCUUCAGCGGAAAUCAGAGUGGGCCCAACGUUUACUCGAUGCCGCCGCCCUUUAUGAUGCCGUCCGGCGGACACGCGGACUCCGGAAUCCAGAACCUCGUGAACAACAAAUUCUUCCAGACCAACCGACCGCCGCCCAACGCUGGUGCCUGCGCCUAUCAGUCGAUGGGCUACGGCCAGUUUCAGGCAGUGCCGCCGUACGGCUAUCCGUACCCGCCCACGCCGGUGCAGCAGUGACGCCUCCCACGUUGCAAAACCAUCGGGGUACGGGCUAAAUGAAUAGUAAGUAUGUCCCGCCUAUCGGGCUUUAUUCGCUCUUGCGUUGGAUAAUAAAUCCAAUUUCUUAUGAUAGACUGUCGAUAACGGUUAGCUCAUUUAUAUAAGGAUUUCAAAGUUUUAUUUUGUAAUUUGCCAGUCUGAGUUAAAUUCGUGCAGCAUUUUCAAUCGCAAUCACGUAAUUUUGCUUUGGAAAUUUUAGCACCUUCCACGAAGAAACUUUACCGAUAAAAAAUCUUAUUAGGAUUUUUUUACGAUUUUUUGAAAAAGAUUGGCUUGUAUAGAAAUGUAUUUUUUGUUUAAAUAAUGAGCAGUCUUGAAUUUCGAUUUUUCGUCAAUACACCGACCCUUUCAACGUAUCGGCAGUCUAUUAUAUUAUUUUUAACGUAAUACUUAUUCUCUUUUUGUUUCUCAUUAAUUUUUUUCUGGAAUUGUGCCGACACAAUAUUUAUUUCAUAUUUAUGUUAAUCACAACGAAAUCAAGAGAUCAUAUUCCGGAUAAAAAAGAAAUUUGAUUUCCGUUCGUCGUCAAUGGCCAAUAUUUCCGAUGGUUAACGUAUACUAAAAUCUAUAGUAUACGUAAUAUCAACUGUUGAACAGAUGAUACAUCGGAACGGCCAUUGUGAUUUGAGGAAAAUGGUUUAAAAAAUACUUUAACAAUUUGAGUUUGAUUAACGAUUGAGAUCACGAUUGAUCUGAUCAGGAUUAAAGUAUUAAGACGCAUUCUAACUCGCGUCACUGCCAAAACUUUAAAGGCCAAAGCACACGAGGUGACAAACGUUCAUUAUAAUUAUUUCAUUAUAUUAUAUUAGUUCAUUAUAAGGACAAGGUCUUU